UCGCGCUGGCUCCCGGGAGGCCUGCGGGGAGGGAGCGACCCCGCCAGAUUUACCUUGAGAGGAAAACUAAGAACGAAGUAAUGGCCGUGGAUUUGCUGCCUACUCAGGUGACAGAGUCUGUCACGUUCAGGGAUGUGGCCGUGCUCUUCAGCCAGGACGAGUGGUCGCACCUGGACUCUGCCCAGAGAACCUUGUACCGGGAGGUGAUGCUGGAGAACUACAGAAACCUGGUCUCACUGGGGAUUCCGUUUCCAAUGCCAAAGGUGAUCUGCCAGUUGCAACAAGGAGAGGAUCCCUGCACUGUGGAAGGAGAAGUCCCUUCAGACACCUAUAUAGGUUUCAAGACCUGGCCUGAAAUAGAAGCAUUGCCUCCCAGACUGGACGUUUUUAUAGAAGAAACAUCUCAGGGAAUAAUAAAGAAAGAGUCCACUAAGUAUAGUCAUGGGGACAUCAACUUUGGAGAAGCUGUGGAAUUUGAGAGCAGGAUAGAACAAGAGCAAGAAAAGAAACCUCUUAGGCAAAUGGUAGCCUCACAUGAGAAAACCAUCAGUGGAGAUAGAAACCAUACAAGUCUUGAAAUGGGGGAAAGCUUAUUUACAAAUACAAUUCUUGGUACACAACAGAGCGUUCCUAUAGAAAAGAUACCCAAUAUGUAUUACACUUUUGGGAAAGAUUUUAAACAGAAUUUUUAUCUAAGAAGAUGCUUCCAGAUUUACCCAGGAGAAAAACCUUAUAUCUGUAGUGAAUGUGGGAAAAGCUUCAACCAGAGUCUUUAUCUGAUUGAACACCAGAGAAUUCAUACUGGUGAGAAACCCUACAAGUGUAAUGAGUGUGAGAAAACCUUCAGCCACAGGUCAUCCCUUCUUUCUCAUCAGAGAAUUCAUACUGGAGAGAAACCUUACAAAUGUAAUGAAUGUGAGAAAGCAUUUAGCAAUAGUUCAACCCUCAUCAAACAUCUGAGAGUGCAUACUGGAGAGAAACCCUAUCGAUGCAGGGAAUGUGGUAAAGCCUUCAGCCAGUGUUCAACCCUCACUGUGCAUCAGAGAAUUCACACUGGAGAGAAACUCUAUAAAUGUGGUGAGUGUGAGAAGGCCUUCAAUUGUAGAGCAAAACUUCAUAGACAUCAAAGAAUCCACACAGGUGAGAAACCUUACAAAUGUAACGAAUGUGGGAAAGGUUACAGCCAGUUUACAUCUCUAGCUGAACAUCAGAAACUUCAUACUGGAGAACAGCUGUGUAAAUGCUUGGAAUGUGGGAGAACCUUCACACGCGUUGCAACCCUUAUUGAACAUCAGCGAAUUCAUACUGGGCAAAAACCCUAUCAAUGUAAUGAAUGUAAUAAAACCUUCAACCAGUAUUCAUCUUUUAAUGAACAUCGGAAAAUUCAUACUGGGGAAAAACUUUAUACAUGUGAAGAAUGUGGGAAAGCCUUUGGUUGCAAAUCCAACCUUUAUAGGCAUCAGAGAAUUCAUACUGGAGAGAAACCCUAUCAGUGUAAUCAGUGGAAAAGCUUUCAGCCAGUAUUCAUUCCUAACGGAACAUGAGAGAAUCCAUACUGGAGAGAAACUCUAUAAGUGUAUGGAAUGUGGGAAAGCCUAUAGUUACAGAUCAAACCUUUGUAGACACAAAAAAGUUCACAGUAAAGAAAAACUCUUUACAUGGAAGGAUUAUGGGAAACCUUUGAUCUACGACUCCUCCCUUACCCAGUAUCAGAGAUGUCUUAGAGGAGAUAAGCCCUAUGGGGUUUAGUUCAUCUCACAUAAUCCAAGACUUCCCAGUGGAGAAUAAUCAGGAGAAUUGUAAAUAGGAUACAAACGCCUAACAGAUUUCAGUCUUUUUUUACUUGUGCAAGGAAUAUGCUAGUUACCACUAAGGAAUGGUAAAAUUGAUCAAUAAAAAUAUGAAGAACACUGGCUUAUCAAGUUUUAAAAGAACCACAAAUUCAAAGGUUUCUAAAAACCUACAAUUUUUUUAAUUCAUAUAAAAAUGUAAGAGGCCUAACUUUUAAAAAAAAUUAUGAAAAAUAGUUGAAUGUAAGUUUUGUUUCUCUCAUUAAGACCAUAUUCUCUUUAUAAGAGUAAGUUUCAAUAUGUGACUUUUCUUUUAAAAUCAGUCAUUGAGUUAUUCAUAAUGUAAGUGUAAGACCUGUUUUCUAAAAUGGCAGGCCAACAUAAGAAGCUUGCCUUUUCAUAAAGAGCUGCUAAAGAUAAAAAGAAAUACUUUAAAUUUAACUCUUCACGUGGAAAUAAUAAAGUUCUUUUUAUGAGUUGCCCCAUCAGCAAGUUAUAUAUGUAAGUGUACACAUACACAAAUGCACGUGUGUGUGCA